AUGAGAAAUUUGGAGCGCCAAAUGGGACAGCUUGCCAGUGCUCAAAUCACUAGACCAGCUGGAGCUCUUCCAAGUGACACUGAAGCUAAUCCUAAGGCAUCCCUUAAUGCCGUGUCGUUGAGGAAUGGGAGAGAAUUAGAAGAAGUUCAGUCUAAAAAGAGGAAACAGUACACCAAGGACAUAACGGCAAAUAAAAGGAGGCUAACCGAGUUCAAAACUGUGGCACUCACUGAGGAGUCCAGUUCAAGAAUUCAGGGCAAGUUACCUCAGAAAUUGAAGGAUCCAGGUUGUUUCACGAUCCAAAUCUCAAUUAGUAAACAUGUUGUUGGGCGAGCUUUUUGUGAUCUUGGAGAGAGCAUCAAUUUGAUGCUGCUAUCUAUGUUCAGACAAUUGGGGUUGGGAGAUCCACGCCCAACAAUAGUUAUCUUAAAGUUGGUUGAUUGCUCCCUUGCUCAUCCUGAGGGAAUGAUUGAAGAUGUGUUAGUUCAAGUGGGUUCUUUCAUGUUCCAGGAUGAUUUCAUUAUCUUGGAUCACGAGCCUGAUCAGGAAGUCCCAUUUAUUUUAGGGCGUCCAUUCUUAGCCACAGGCCGAGCUAUUGUCGAUGUCUGCAAUGGAAGGAUGACAAUAAGAUUACCAGCCUACUAUGAAGAGCUAUCCAUGAUACAUGUGGUGGAAAGUGAUUCUACAUCAUUAAUGCCUUACACAAGCCUCGAAGAUCCUCUUGAACGAUAUUUGAUUGGGGAUGAAGAAGAUAGUAAAGAUGUAAUGAAGGGAGAAAUUGAGCAGGUACUUGAUAUGUCCAAUAAUUAUGUCCAUGGGUUUGGAAAAUUUGAGGAGUUGGACAGACCUAUCACUCUGGUCCCUCCGAAGCCAUCUAUUGAAAAAGCCCCAAAGCUAGAACUUAAGCCUCUACCAGUGCACCUGCAUUAUGCUUAUUUAGGGAACUCUGAGACAUUGUCCGUGAUUAUAUACUCUAGCUUGACUAACACUCAAGAAGAAAAAUUGCCCAGUGUACUCCGAGAGCAUAAAAAGGCUAUUGGCUAG